CGUCUUCCAGCUCUCCCAUCAGAGGUACAAGCCCUUCGUCUUCGCCGCAGAAACGCUGGCUGAUUUGAGCAUGUGGGUCAGUCACCUGGUGACAGCCAAAAUGAAGUAUGGGGCAGCCCAGGAGUCAGUCCCGGCCAGGGAGGAAGACUGCUACAGCGAGACAGAAGCCGAGGACCCCGAUGACGAGUCCCCCAGGCAUGGCUGUGACUCGGGGAGUGGCCCUAGGGGACAUCCCAUGGAGGGGCUGGAGGACCCCACUGGGGAGGAUUUUGAGAGCCUGAUGCAGUGCCUGAAACAGGGGGGGGUAUCCCUCAUCGGGCGGCAGCGGUUCCUGACGCAGGAGCAGUGCCGCAAAUCCUUCAUCCGGCGCAACAAGAACCCCCACAUCAACGAGAAGGUGCACGCCGUGCGAGCCCUGCAGAGCACGCUCAAGGCGAAGCUGGCGGAGCUGCAGGCCCUGGAGCAGCUGCUCAGCGACGCCGCGCUCACCUCGGAGAAGUUCAUGCGCUGGAAGGAAGAGCACCAGGAGCUGCGGGAGUG